AUGACUAGCCCUAUGAGUCGACAAGAGCGUAUUCAGAGGGCAGAGACGACUCUGGGAUACAUUUUCACCGACAAAUAUAUCCUUGUUCGGGCACUCACAUCACCUGGAGUAGAAGAGAGGGAUCAUGACGGGAACAGAGUGCUCGCUCGGUUGGGAAAGCCACUGAUCGAACUUUACGCAAUUCAUAAGAAGCUUCUGGUUGGGGCUUCAGCAGAUGCAAUGGACGAGAGCUCGUCCAAGGCUCUGACUAUGACAAGACAUGAAGCAAUCGCCAAGAAUUCAGGUCUAGAUGCACAAAUAGCCUACUGUCCACGGCAAGCAAGAGCUUCACCUAAGACGUUAAGCUUAGCUAUCCGCGCAUUGGUAGGAGCCAUAUGGCUGGAUUCCGCAAAGCGGUUUGAUGUCGUGUUCCAAGUCAUGGAUAGACUAGGCCUUUCGGUAGAACAGCAGAUAUGUCCCCAUCCAAAGGGUCUCCCCCGGACCGACGGGAGUCAAAGGGGCAAUCCGAAUUCUGUCUCACAAUCUGAGGACUUUCAAAUGGGCCUCUUUGUUGAUCUCGAUCUUGCUGGCGCAAGUUUUACUUGUGGUACUUCCAGCGAAGCUGCACAUGAGCCAUGCAAUUCGACAAUGCAUUCCAGUGGCACUGAAUACGUCACUCACGCAGUCAAUGCUCUUGAUGGCACAAUGCAAAUGUUGACUCAUUGCGACUUCCAAGAAACCAGUGCACAGCGUAGACCAGAGUUCGAACACUGGAAUAGGGAAGGAAUUUCACCGUACGAGAUCGAGCAAGUUUCUCAUGCUCAUCCACGAAACAAUACGCAACUCGCAAUGCCGUAUACAUUCGAGUCGGCCGAGCUACUAGGGGGAAAGCAGGACACAUCGCGAGUAGACAGGGUUUCAAGCGCACUCCACACUGGAAAUAAACCUCUGGGAAGGAAGUCGCAAUGGGAGAACACAGACGCUCCAAAACGCCACAAGAAAACAGUCAAUGAUGGGAUGGCUGUAGAGUGUUACAUCUCGGAAGAAAAGGCCAAAUACGAGCGUUUGGCAUUGCAGUUUCCAGCUCGGAUCUACGUUCUCCCAGAAUCGAUGUUUGCAGACAACAUCGUGGGAAAGGAUGAGCACCUUAGUAUCGCUAGAUGUUUGUUCGCAGGAGUAGGCAGUUGCGAGUCACUUGUAGUCCUGCAAGCUUGCCUUAUCCACGGUAGAGAGAAGGUUCCGGAAGAUGAAGUCGAUCCCUUGCGCCCACUUCCUCUGGCGCAGAGGAUACAGAUGAUUGAGAGCCUUGGAGCAAAAAUCGCGUACUACGAGCUUCUGCGACGAUGUCACAUCCUCAGUCUCUACAAUGAACACGCAGCUGCCGAGCUUAUACAAGAUGAUCCAUUCAUCGUCCAUACAGAUGAACGAUGCUUCUCCGUAAGCGGACGAAAGUGCGGCAAUCCGCGGAACCGUGCUGCAGCGGAGAUAACGCUUGCAAUGUCUGGAGACCUGCAGUAUACUGCGCUAAACCAACCGGGUUCAGAAAGAGUGUAUUCCAAGUUCAAGAGAUAUCGGAAACUUGGAGAACGUUUUCGUUUGCUGACUCAUACGUUUGGGUCUGGAAUGAUGGGGCUAUUACCGCCGUCGUCGCCUGACCUGACAACAGUCACCAUGACAGAUGACAUGCUUCUGCGACUACCAGACCCGGUCUUCAAACAUCUUAUCAAGGUCAUCGAUCAAAAUCAAGGAGACAAAUUACGCCAAUUUGCAAAGGUGGUCGAAAAAGUUAUGGCAACUAUGUUUUCCAGCGCACUCGGUAAGACUGAGCCGUUUGCGAUCGAAAGCGUAGACAAAGAGAAGAUGUUGAGUCUUCCUAAAGGCUCAACACAGCUGUUGAUCCUGAUCUCUUAGGGUUUACAACAUAUAAGUUGUUCUAAGACUGGCAAGUUGUGCUUUGAAGUCUUUGAGCCGGCUUUGGUCCAGGCAUAUAGUGCGCCUCUCGGUCACGGAAAGAAUUGAGAAUGAAACAAGACUCUACUUGGCAGAACAGUAAUAGUCUUAUAGAUUUAUAGACUGCAUCAAACUCAUACUAGACGCAAACAAACC